CUGCCCGCCUGCCUGCCGGUCCAUUUUCCCACCACCACCCACUGCCCGGAAACAAAGGGUAAAGUAAAAUAGACAGAAACCGUAACCGCUAAUGGGCAAGAGAGAGAAAAAGCCGCCCUUUGAUUUAGGGCAUCUCAUUGCUUCCAAGGCAAGCACUUAAUCCAGUCCACCCUCAGUCUCUCUAACCAUUUCAUUUUUGCAUUUUCUCUCCUUCGUCGCCAUGGGAGGGGAAGAAGAAGAAGCAGCAGCAGCAGUAGCACCAACCAACUCCUGGUCGUAGUAAUUAUGGUGCUGACAAUGAUGACCGCCAUGAUUACCAUGAUGGCGUCUUCUCUCUUACUCUCCUCUUCCCCGGCUGCUGGUGGAUCCGAUUAGGCCAUCGAUUCGCUUUCCCAGUCCUCCUCCUUCGUCUUCUUCUCUCUCUCUCUCCCUGCUCCCAACGACAAGAUCUCUGUUCCACCAGCGCACACAAAAUCAAGCUCGCAAAGCAGCUGGGGGAGGGAUAGGAUUGGCUUUUUCCGUUUGGUGUUCGAGUAAUGGCGUCCAGAAGCGGAUCAAAAUCCAAAAAGUUAGGCUCCGCUGGCUCCAGUAAGGCUGCGAAUUCCCCCUCUUCCUCCACCACCUCUUCCUCCAAGCACUUCCCCGAGACCUCAAUCGACGGCCAGAGCUCCCCUGCAUCUUCCUCUGCUCGCAGCAAGCCGCAGUACUUCUACUCCGAGGCUCCGCCUAUGGAUGGUGGAAGAUCCAAGGAGAAUGUGACCGUCACAGUUCGAUUUCGUCCUCUCAGCCAGAGGGAAGUUCGCCGGGGAGAGGAGGUUGCCUGGUACGCUGACGGGGAAACUAUUGUACGGAAUGAACAUAAUACUUCGAUUGCCUACGCUUAUGAUCGUGUGUUUGGCCCUACAACUACAACGAGACAUGUAUAUGAUGUUGCUGCCCAUCAUGUUGUUAGUGGUUCCAUGGAAGGCGUCAAUGGCACAAUCUUCGCAUAUGGUGUCACAAGCAGUGGAAAAACACACACAAUGCAUGGCGAUCAGAGGUCUCCAGGAAUUAUACCAUUGGCAGUAAAAGAUGCUUUUAGCAUUAUUCAAGAGACUCCAAACCGAGAGUUUCUGCUUCGAGUUUCAUACUUAGAGAUUUAUAAUGAGGUUGUGAACGAUUUAUUAAACCCAGCUGGACAAAAUUUAAGAAUCAGAGAAGAUGCUCAGGGAACCUUUGUCGAAGGAAUUAAGGAAGAAGUUGUAUUAUCCCCUGCUCAUUGCCUUUCCCUUAUUGCAGCUGGAGAAGAGCACAGACAUGUUGGUUCCACGAACUUUAAUCUUCUCAGCAGCAGAAGUCAUACCAUAUUCACAUUGACAAUAGAGAGUAGUCCAUGCGGAGAAAACUGUGAAGGAGAAGCUGUGAAUCUCUCCCAAUUGAACCUCAUCGAUCUCGCAGGUUCUGAGAGCUCAAAGGCUGAAACUAUAGGGAUGAGGCGUAAAGAAGGAGCGUACAUAAAUAAGAGCCUUCUAACUCUUGGGACAGUUAUAUCUAAGUUGACAGAAGCCAGGGCAACUCACAUACCAUACAGAGACUCAAAGUUGACGAGGCUCCUUCAAUCUUCUUUAAGUGGUCUUGGACGUGUAUCACUGAUUUGCACCGUAACUCCUACAUCAAGCAGCUCUGAAGAGACGCAUAAUACUUUGAAAUUCGCUCACCGUGCAAAGCAUAUUGAAAUACAAGCAGCACAGAACAAGAUUAUUGAUGAGAAAUCACUCAUCAAGAAAUAUCAAAAUGAGAUACGUUGUCUGAAAGAAGAGUUGGAACAACUGAAGAGGGGUAUUGGGACGGUUCCACAACUGCAAAACAUUGUUGAAGAUGACAUUGUUAUUUUGAAGCAGAAGCUGGAAGAUGGUCAAGUCAAGCUGCAAUCUAGAUUGGAACAAGAAGAAGAAGCGAAAGCUGCUUUACUGAGCAGGAUCCAACGGUUGACUAAGUUAAUUUUGGUCUCAAGCAAAGGUUCCCAACCGUCACGGGUUCCGUACCGGCCUCUUCCAAGAAGGAGACAUUCCUUUGGAGAAGAAGAGCUUGCAUAUCUACCCUACAAAAGGCGGGAUUUGAUACUUGAGGAAGAGAACGUUGACUUCUAUGUUUCCCUUGAAGGGAAUGCUGAAACUGUCGAUGGCACCCUUAAAGAGGAAAAGAAAACCAAAAAGAACGGAUUGCUGAAUUGGUUGAAACUACGGAAACGUGACAGUCUGGGAACAAGUGCCAGUGAUAGAUCAAGUGGAGUGAAUAGCACACCUUCAACACCUCAAGCAGAAAAUAGUAAUCCCCACUCAGAAUCCCGCCAUGUACACUCAUUACUCAUGGAAAGUUUUUCACACUCAGCGGAGCUUCAUUCUGAUGUUGUACAAGAUAGAGAUACUCCAGAUGACACUCUCCUUGGGCAUGAAACUCCUUCGACUAGCAUAAAAACUAGUGAUCAGAUUGACCUUCUAAGAGAGCAGCAAAAGAUUUUGUCCGGAGAGGUGGCGCUCCAUUCAAGUGCUUUGAAGCGAUUGUCUGAGGAAGCCUCACAGAAUCCCGAGAAGGAACACAUCCAACUGGAGAUCAAGAAGCUUAGCGAUGAUAUCAAGAUGAAGAAUGAACAUAUUUCUUUACUGGAAAAGCAAAUUUCUGAAUCACUAAUCUGCUCGCCCAACAGAAUGGAUGAACUUGAUGUUACGCAAAAGCUUGCUGAGCUCACAACACAAUUGAAUGAGAAGUCAUUUGACCUCGAGGUCAAAGCUGCAGAUAAUCGUAUAAUUCAAGAGCAGCUCAAUGAAAAGAUAUUGGAAUGUAAGCAGCAGCAGGAAACGAUCGAAUCAUUGAAGCAUCAGCUUGCAGAUGCACUAGAUCAAAGAAAUCAUAGCCCGUUGGACAGUCACGCCCAACAGUUUCUUGAAAUGAAAGGUAUUCAUAUCCAAAGUCAUAUGGAUAAGGAAACUCCAGACUCUAAAGAGAGAAAUGAGCAACUGCUACUACUGCAACAACAGGCUUUCGAGAUUGAAGAACUGAAGCAGAAGGUCGGCCAGUUGUCUGACGCAAAACACGAGCUAGACAAUCGGAAUCAUAAACUGGCAGAAGAGAGCACCUAUGCCAAAGGACUAGCCUCUGCUGCUGCUGUUGAGCUCAAAGCAUUAUCCGAGGAAGUAGCAAAACUCAUGAAUCAAAACGAUAGACUCUCCGCCGAGCUGGCAGCUGCGAAGACCUCAUCUCCUACUCAUCGCAGAAACAGCACCGGAGGUAGCACAUUGCGAAAUGGAAGGAGAGAGACUCAAGGGAAGCGUCUUGAUCACCAAGCAGCUACUGGACUCACUGCAGAUCUCAAGAAAGAGGUGGCCGCAUUCCGGGAUAGAGAAGCCCAAUACGAAGCUGCGUUUGUCGAGAAGGAGCAGAGGGAGACAGAGCUCCAAAGGAAGGUCGAGGAAUCUAAACAAAGAGAAGCAUACCUAGAGAAUGAGCUAGCCAACAUGUGGGUACUCGUGGCCAAAUUGAAAAAGGCACAUGCCAAUGCGGAAUUGGAGGCUCCUGCUGCUGCUGCUCCUGGUCCAGAAAACGACUUGCUCCGGAUCGAAGGUUUCGGCAUUUGAAGAACUGUACGUAUUUGAGCCAAGUGGCGGGUUUUUUGAAAUUGUGGGAAAUGACGGGUGGAUUGGGUUUUUCUUAUGUUUUUUUUUUUCUUUUCCGGGUUGUUUGUGCUUCGUCUCUCGAUUCUUUGGUUCCGUCGAAUGUCAAUGUAAGUAUUAGGGGAAUUUUUUUUGAAAAAAGCCACCAUGAAAAAAAGAACGAAAACGAAAAAGGAAACUCGUAGUGCUGUUGUGUGUUGGGUUCUCAUAUGAUGUUUGAUUUUGCGUGUACAGUUAUCACUGUAAUGAUGAACAGCUGAUAUUUAACCCGUGUUUGUUUGUAAAUUGCAUCCAUCCAUCAUCUAAUUGAAGACUAUUAAUUGGUUUGAA